AUGUAUUUAAAGCACAUGACAAUGGAACUGCCAAAGGGCAACAGCUCCACAAUAAUUCCAGCUAUCAUAAAGAUAUUCUUGGGAAUAGUAGGUAAUUUUCUACCAUACUUGUUCUUUAUCCACCGACCAUGGAAUCGUAGGGAUAUCGCUCGGCUAUCGAGACGUUUCUCAGCCAGCUUUGCCACCGAUGAUCACGGCUCUUUAUCCAUUUAUCGAAAUAUUUUGAGAGACAGGACUGCCAAUGCCAAGGCCGCUGAGCAUUCUGACGCCUCCUCCACCUCCCCCUGUACCCCGCCCCACGACUCCUCCCCUCGGUCCCGCCGUCGGACCGGCAUCGCCCACAAGCCGCCCCUCCGGGAGGUCCUCCCUCGCUUCUCCAUCUCGUUUGACGAGGACAGCCCGUUGGCAUCGUCACUGGAGUCUCAGGGUUCUCUAGGGUCGUCAGGGUUCCUAGGUGCAGGAGACGGGAAGCACAUAGGCUCCUCCUCUGAGAGACAGAGUAGAACGGUUGUCAAGUCGGCAUCAUCUAGUAUGCUGUCUCUUAUCAUACCAUCAGAUGAGCUUCAUGUGCCAUCACCCAUCAACUCCCCAGGAGGAGAAUCAAGCAGCUCCAGAGACGAUUCUCCGUCUAGGGAUCCAUCCAUGAGUAGCAUGAAGUCACCCAUCGUCAUCAAGAAGCCUCCGCGAAGGAAGACCAUGGGAUUCCAUAUGCAGGCUAUCAAGGUCUACCUAGGAGAGUCCAACAUAUACACACUGCAUCAUCUAGUUAGGCAUGUUGAGGAAGGAAGUCCCGCGUACGAAGCCGGCUUGCGACCCGGGGACCUCGUCACUCACAUCAACAACGCUCCAGUAGAAGGCUUGAUCCAUCGUGAGAUAGUAGAACUUAUCAUGAGUGACACACAGGUUGUGAUCCAUGCCGUACCCAUGGUCAAGACAACCAUUCAGACAUGUGGACGAAGGAAUACAACGUCCAGUAAGAUGGCCAGGAGAAAGAAGCCCAAGCGUAAAAGGGACUCCGUAGAGCGAAGGCGGCGCAGUGCAGUAUUCAGAAGGUCGAGUUUGAAACGGGCAUCGACAGAUGGAAGCAGGGCUAGCUUAGCAGCAUUAGGCAGGCAGGGAGGGACGGAUACAUCUCCUCGGUCGCCGACAUCGCGGUCACCACGUUCCCCUCCCAUGUUUCACAUACCUAGUGAACAUUCAAGCAGCACACCGUUGACAUCGUCACCCAACAGUUCUCCAUCAUCGAGCUGCCCUAACUCACCCGCUGGACACUACACAUCAUCCAGACCCAGCACACUGCAAGGUCUGGCUCAUAAACUACCCUUCUCAUUCAGACCUGGAGGGAACCGUAGGAAGUCAGUCGGUCACAUCCCACUGUCCCCUCUAGCCAGGACCCCCAACCAGUCACCAGCCCCUAAAUCCCCUGUUCGUAGCCCCAGCCCUCUGGCUGUGGUGACCAGUCUUGGGCAUUCUCCUGGAAGCUCCAACACCACCCAGUCUUACCCCGCCCACAUGCUGAGCAGCCCCACCCUGGCUGCCCCUAUGAAGGUCAAGACCAAGAAGUACAUGCGCUCUAGGAACCUUGAGACUCCGCCGUCACCGCUCCUCAGAAGGGCUCUCUCACCAGACCAUGAAAAGACCAUGGACAUGUUUGAUGUUCAGCUCAGACCUCGAGCGGACUCAGCUUGUGAUGCUCUCUCAAGGGAAGAGAGAAGUCUCAAGAGAUUAGGCAUCUUCGGCAAAGAGAGGGUCGCUGAGAGAAAAUCUACAGGGUCCACUUGAGAUCAAUCUUGAUCAUGUGUGUAGAAAUGCAAAGUAUUCAGUCUGCUAUAUAUGUAUAUUUGACAGUUUUUGGAUAUGAUGGUCUUUGGUUUCACAGUGUCUGAACGGAAGACUCUCAAGCACAUGCCAUGCUGUGUUAUGUGAGACAGCUUUAAGAUACAACCAUGGAUGGUUUCGUCUUGGUAAUCAAGACCAGAUUUAUUUUGCUGAAACAAAUUGAUAAACAUAAGAGCAUUGCAAUUUACCAAAAGUUGAUUAGAAAGUACUUUGAGUCAUCAUUAAUUCUUUAUUCUUUGCUAUUGUGCCUGUAUGUUUUGCCAAAGAUGCUGAAAUAAGAAAUAGAUAAUGAUGCUGACAUAGCUGGAGUGAUAGCAUUCAUCAACAACCUCACUAGCUCUUUUUUGGUCCACUUUAGUCCAUACUGUAGACUGCCAUUUCAGCAUAUGGUACGCACACACUGUAUGUGUGUCAAAAGUUGACUGUGGCAAUUUGAAUAGUCGACCAAAGCAAGGAAGGGUUACAGUCUGUGGAAUUAACAUGACAGUAAACAGAUAGUCGGUCUAAAUAGAGAUACAAGAUGCACCAUGUACAUGAAUGCAUAGACAAGUUGGAUACAUACAUGUUAGGAUUAUAAUAUGAGGAUAAAAUGGUUGCAAAAUGAAGUAGUGAUUUUGACAUAGAAAUUUGAACGAAUCAUUUACAAUAAGAACAAAUGCCACAUACGCAUCAAAGACAAAAGACACACAAAGGAGGGAGCAUUGGCAUUUUAAAUUCCUGCUACCUGUAUUAUUUCUUUAUGAAGGACUUUAAAUUUUAAAGUAACAGCAUUAUAGUAUACUUGGAGUGUAAUUUUGGGGUGAAAAGUUGUAAGUUGAACAAUUUUCAUCAUUAGAUUUCAUUUUGGCAAGAUGUGAGGAUUUUAGAAGUCUUGUGAUGAAAAAUGUGAGAUGUCAAACCGCAAUGCACUACACUUUUUGUCAGCAUUAAUUUAAUUCUAAUUCAACAUUUAAUUUUUUUUUUCAUUAAUGUUCUCUAUUGCCUUUGAUGAAGAAAAAAUAAGUUUAAAACAACAUUUGUGCUAUUGACAGUAUUAUUGAUUUAACAAAUUUUAUUUUUCAUUUGAAUGAUAUACAAAGAAAAAGUCUGGCCUUGCAUGUUGAUGAAUUAUCAAAACAGAGUGGUGCAUUUAAAGCUAACAUUUCCUGAUUAGUUACAAUUAGAAUUAUUAAUACCUGCACAAUCUUGCACAAUUAACAAGUAGUAAAGUGAAGACGAUACUGUCAUUUGCAAGAAAAAUACCUUGAUGUUGCAUAUUAGUAACAUGAUUUUAUGAUCAUGAGUAACAAGGUACAUGUAAAUGGAAUUAUCGGACAAAGCAGGUGUGCAGGUAUUAUGAUUUCUAGUUUGUUGAAUAAAUUUGAGAGUUAAUUUAUCUUAUUUCAUGUCCAAUGAAAUGAUUUUGCAAUGCUCAUAAUUUCCUUCCACUAAGGACUGGAAUAACUAAUUUCAUUCAAAUGCUAAACUGCCUUGUGAAGAAACAAAUUGUUUGUUUUUUCGUAAUUCUGUAGCGCAAAUGGUUUAAGUUGCACGGAAAGCUACUGUGAAGUGAAAUUGAUUUGGUAAAAAGAAAAGAAAAAAAUUGGUUCGUUGCUUUUCAUUAAUUUGAAAAUGAAAUUUAAAUAUAGAAAUUUAUUGAGAUAUGAAUAAGUUUGCAUUCAUUCACUGAAAUGAAAUACAUUAUACAUAAAUCUCUUGAUAUUGUUAGUGUCCAAUUAAUUGUCAAUCCAAUUUACUGACUUGGGUAAACACGCACUAUUAAUUUCCUUUUUGUAAGCCAUCUGUUUUGUCUUUCAAAGUGUGUUUAAUAUACAGACAAUGUUAGCACAGUAUUUUGACAUGCUUUGUUGCUGUAGAAAUAAUUCUGUACAAAACUACAAAUACAUUCCUGAGGUAUAUAGACAGAGCAGAUUGAUUUUGUGAGAGGGAGAUAACUUCUUGAAUUUGUUACUUCAAAGUAAGCCUUCAAUUUGGUACACAACGUUGUGAAAGAAAAACAUUUCAAUAACUCUCCAGCCGAAGCUCCAGGCAGGCGUAAGGGACAGCUAUCGCUGCGCUGAGUAAAGAUUUAAACCCGAAUAUGGGAAACAUUUAGGUCUUCUAAAAGGGCCCAGGUGUUUGAACAUUUUCACAUCAUUUUGUUGGUGUAGAUUGUAUUUCAUGUAGGAUGAUUUCUUGCAGAUUAUAUUUUCAGACUACACAUCAUUGUGUAUCUAUCUUCUACUUUAAAAAAAAGAUGAAGUUUUCUGUGUAUUUCAGACUUCUUGCAUCAAAAAUAGAUUCAUCAGACGUUAUCUCCUUCUAACACUGCACUCAAUACGACGCUCUUUAUUUUAUGUUAAGAACAAAUAUAUCAUAAUGUACAGCUGAUAUCACAUGUAUAACAUGCCACAGUCUGUGUUUAUUUCUCCAAGUGCACUCUGUAAAUAAUUGGCUUGAGAAAGAGAGAGAGAAAGAGCGAGUGCACCUGCUUGCGUGUACAAUCUCUAUCAGAUUCUAUUCUAUCUUCGAAAAGAUAGAUUUUUAAAUUUGUACUAUUUCUUCUAUCAAAGCUUUUCUAUCAAAAUCUAAAUAUAUUCCUAUAUAAAAGUGUCUUGAAACAGUGUCAGAGUUUAUUCAUAUCAGCAUAUUACAUUGUUGUGGUAGUUGUAGUAGUGUUUGUGUGAAAUAUGAACUUGAGUUAAUGGGAGGGGUACAGUGGGUGGGAGGGGGCAGGAGGGGGCAGAACGAUGAGGUGCUAAAAAAACCUUGAGAUUCAAUAACAAAACUAAAAGUUCUUUAAUUUUCCCAAACCAUGUCACUGUAACUUAAUGAUGUGAUCAUUAUCAGUUGCACAAUGUAGUCACUGGUCCGCUCUUUCCUUUUCGUUUGAAGUCUACGAUGUAUAUCAACAGAGAAUUUAGAACAUGGACAGUGCUCAUUCCUUGUGGUAUUGAAGUAUCAGGUCUUUAUUCCUGUAAACAAAACAAAAUCUGAGUAAUGCACAUUUAAUUUUUCACCAAAGAUAUCACACGAUUCGGUCACAUAAAAGAUUUUCCUCCUACCCUGUUUAUCUGUUGUCUCUAUCCCAGUGAGGUUAAUGUUUAUUGGGUUAAACAACAAUUCUGUAAUACUUGUAUCAUCACCUAAAGGCACAAUCAUAGACUUCAAAUGAAAACGAAAGCAUUGUGACAUAUAAAAGUGGACAACUUCCAACUCUUGUAUUGUCUGGAAAAAAGAGCCAUAUAAUCCAAUAAUUAGUAUUUAUAGUUAUUCUACACCUUUUUUUAUUCUGUUAAAUACCUGGUGUGAGAUGUACUUCAUUAGUAUCAUUUCACCAUCAUGAAUCUAAGAUGGGGGAAAACAAAGAAGGUUCUUUACCACUUGACGUCUUCAUGGGCUAUCUGUAGGAAUACAUCUACAUUCAUUGUGUAAAUACAUGAUUGAUCGCAAGAAUGAUGAUAAUAUAAAAUAGUGUGCUUUUAGUGGUGUGUGAGUAGCUGAUGCUCUGCUGAUGUUGCUAUACUGUGUGGUCUUGCUGUUAAAAACAAAUAUAUAUAUUUUGUCAUACUGAUUUAAAUUCUCUUGCUAGAUAUUUGAUGAGAAUUUGAGAGUGAAGUUAAUUCUUUCCUCUAUCCACCUGCUACUGUAAUUAUUUAAAAAACCAUGGCUUGAUUGAAUCAUGUCAGUAUCUUGAACCUGUGAUGUAAAUGAUCUUUAAUGUUCAGAAAGAAACACAAAUUUGUAAAUUUUGCACUGUAUUCUAAGAGUUACAAUUGAUCUGGAUGAAUUACAAAUCUACAAUGAUGGAUGAUCCUUGUCAUUCGAAAUAUUUGAUUUUACUUUUGAUUCCUUCAAGCAAAUCUAGUUGCUUUUUUUUCUUUUGAAUCCUUUCCUUUGAGCAUCUUACAGAAUGAAAGUGCCACAAGCCGAUGGCCGAAUGAUGGCAUUUAAUGCAUUGAAUUACGCUAUGAUUCCAGUCAGAUUAGUCACAUACCAGGCCUGAUAAUUUCCUGAUUAAAAUCGGGUUUCCCAUAUAUUUUUUUCCACCCGUUUUUUCCUCUUUUUUUUUUUCUUUCUUUUUUUUUUUCUUCAAAAAAGACCUUUUGCAUCAAAAUUUAAGAUAAUCUUUUUAUUUGCAAUGUAUAGCACCUGGAAUGUUUAAUGUGUAUUGUAUAUAUUUUCCGUGUAUAUGAUGCACAUACUAACUUUUUGCUCUAAUGUAUAGUGUAUUGGUAACGGUCACAUUAAGACAUGUCUAUUUCUCUACACGAUGCAUAUGUGAACAGCACUCUCAUUUUACCGAAGCCUGGCUCAAAAUCAUUAGAAAAUGCACAUUUCAUGCAAAUUUGAUAUCUUCUGUGAGGUAAGGCAUAACUAGUGUUAAAGUAAUGUUAUGAUAUGAAAGGCUGAACCUAGUUUGUGUAUAUUGAAGAGCAAAUGACAUUCUGACUGUACAAUAUGCAUACAACCUGUCAAUAUCCUACUAAAUUCCCAAAUUACAUUGGAUUUUUUUUUUAAAGUUAACAUUAUUUGAAUCUCCACUUAUCCAUGUUGUUGAUGGGUGUUAUUUUAUGAGGAACUAUUCACUUAAUUAAUGAAUGUUUUACUUAUCUUAUAUUUCUCAUCCCUUUGUUACUUGUCUAAUCUUAUACCCUCAUCCUAAUUCAUUUCUUCCUCUCAUACUCUUCCUUUUUCCUUUGUCAUCCAACAAAGAAGUUUAUUUUAUGUUGCUUAUAAUGAGAGUGACUUGUGGUUCAUAAUAAUGAUAUAAUUUGACAAUUCUGGAUUUACUAUAUUUUCUGUGAUGAGGGCUAUUAUGAGUGCAGGUCAGUACAUCGUGUAUUGUAUUCUAAUGCAGAGCAGUAGAAUUGAAGGAAAAUUAUAUUUUGAUCAAGUUUGUUUGGAUAAUGGUUUAAUACCAUUAUGUAUGUACCUUCAUUUCCUGAAAAAUAACUUAAGAUUAGAUAAAGGAAGGAUAAUGAUUGUGUGAACCUGUUCAGUGUCAGAUAUGAACGAAAAAGGCCUUUUAAAUGUGGAGAAAAAAUAUGAAUGAAUUUGUUCUUUGAUAGAUAGCCUAAAUGGAAUCAACUUAAGUGUGUGUAUAUAUAUGUAAACAAGAGCAAAGAAAAUUGUACAGAUCUAUUAUGAGCUACCUGUCUGUGUAGAUAAAAAAAGUACUAUUUGUCGCGUUGUGAUGCCUGUGUUUUUAUUUUUUGAAGUUAUACCUCGAUGUACAAAAUUUAUUAAAGAAACUUUGUGAAUGUACGCUGCUAUUGGGAGAAAAAAAAUGUGAGAAAAGAAAUAUCAGAAAACAUAAAUAAAGCAUGUCUAUGAGCUAUUACCGAGAUAA